GCAUAUUCCGUCCGCGCGCUUCUGCAUUCUGACUUAGGGCCUUGUCCCUACGCCCACAUCCUCUUGUGCUAUGUUUAAAGCGCACCUUGCAGCAAGCACAGUGAUCUGCUGCGGCUUACAUGGCGAAAACAUCGUAACGAGUAUCUCCCGAUAUGUAACUUUCAACCUCUUCAGUGGCAUAAUCUUAUCGAUAUAACGCCCCCUUACUCACCCUUGAACCGAGCUAUUCAUCUGGACCUGGUAACGACAUUCAUGAAAACGAGGCAAAUGGAAGACCCAGAUACAGGAACGAUACGCAUCAGCGAGCAUGAAAGUACUGCGCUUUGCUCGGUGUCACAUGUGAAAUCGGAUCCGAGUCUCGACGAUUAUAACUGAUCGCACACCAUCGGGCUUCUAUGCUAAUCCCCACAUGAUCGUUUCCGUACAGGAACACCACUGCAAGAAGUUUGAUUCCGAAUAUUGUUCCUGGACACUGACUCGGAACGCAUCAUGAUAGCUAUCGUCAUGGCCGUGCUCGUCUGUGUCGCACCUGCUACAGACUCUUUCCUCGGACUCGGACAUACAAAGCUGCUUCUCGCCUUGUGCUUUCUGAGACUAACCAUAGCCAGGUGAUCGCGCGGCCGGGGACCAUGACGCUCCAGGGGCAGUCUCUGAACGGUCCUGUGAACCCGCUCACACAAGUGCAGUGACGGUGAAGCACGUGAGUCAGCCACUGACUACCAUACAGGGCCAUUCAGGGGCAUCGAACCCAUGUUCUAACAACAACGCACGCCGUUCACCGAGCAGGUGAUGCUCAACACUGGCCUGGGAUGCACAAGAGGCCACCUAUAUCAGGGUCCCCAUGAAGCCUGAUACUCAAAACACUGCAUGGUUUUGCCUUUAUAUUUGCUCACAUGUUACCAUUCAUAAUCGCCGCCAGCGAAUUCCAGUGCCUUUACGAACACACCGGACUUUACGCUCGCAUGGAGCGCGAUCAAGAAUGAUACUGGCCACCUCGCUUAGCAGAAGAGCACAGUCCUGCCCAGCGCCACUAUCAUCAUGAAACUUCUUGCCGCUUCUACUGCCGUCUCCCUCUUUCUGGCUGAACGAGCCAGCGCUACGGCUAUCCAACAUCAACGCCGCCAAUGCGCGGCUACGUUGAACGAUGCCACGACGAUCGCUAACGAGCUCCAGUCCAAGUACUUCAACACGGGCACUGGACAGUACACCGACGGCGAGUUGUGGACCGACUCCAACACUUUGGAAGACCUCCACAAUCUUAUGCUUGCCACCGGCAAUGAUGACUACGGUACCGUUGCCGACAACUCUUGGGUUGGAAAAGCUGCGUUGGACUCCAGCACCGACUGGAACUCCUUCCUUGGGGGCAGCAACGACGAUGCGCAGUGGGUCAUACUCGCGCUCUGGAAGAUUGGGGACUACAAGACCGCUCGUGGCCAAGAUGCCAGCGCCUACACGUCGAGUGCAUCCAAGAUAUACGACAUCAUCGCUGGGCAGUGGGAUGAUACGUGUGGUGGCGGAGUCUGGUGGUCCACCGCUCACACCUACAAGAACGCCAUCACGAACGAGCUCUUCCUCUUGACUUCGGCAGAGGGUUACCUCAGGACCCAAGAUCAGACGUACUUGACGAAUGCUCAGAACGAAUGGAACUGGCUGUUUAACUCGGGGAUGCGGAACUCGGACGGAUUAUUCAACGACGGGCUGGACUCGAGUACGUGCGCGAACAACGGCCAGACGACAUGGACCUACAACCAGGCUGUCGUGGCUUCUGGCCUUGGCGCCCUAUAUGCCGCGACCGGAAACUCGACACUGCUUGACCAGGCUGAGAUCAGUCUUGACGCGACGAUGAGCAGCUCGCUCGUAAGCAACGACAUUCUCAAGGAAUCUUGCGACGAUGCGGACGCUGGCGGUGCCCAAUGCAACCAUGAUCAGCAAAUUUUCAAGGGCAUCUGGACGAAGCACGUUCAGUUCUACCUUGACUACGCCAACGAUGCAUCGCGCACCGCCAAGUACACCGACUUCCUGAGCUCGCAGUACUCCGCAGUUAUCCACUACGGCAUGAACUCUGCUCAUGACGUUGGCUCAGUAUGGUACGCCCCAGACAACGGUGGAUCCGUCUGGCAACCCGAGGCGUCCGCAAGUGGACUCGAGGCAGUCGUUUCCGCUGCUAAGUACGGGAGCUGUUAG